ACACUGGUGCGAAAGUUGUCACCAAUGAGAAAUCAAAGCAGCAUGUAAAGCCUGCGCGUCAUUGGUACGCCGUUGAACUCCCACCUCUUUCGGCUGAUCCGCCGAAGGAGCAACUAUCUGAUGAACAAAUUUCGAUAAAGUUUGAACAUGCCAAAACUCUGCUGAAAUCCGAAAAUUCUCUAUAUGCAGCCAACCCGUCUGGGCGCAGUUCUUCGGAUCGCACCUUUUAUGCCACAAUGAUCAAGUCAGGUACCAUGAAGGAUAGGCUUUCGACCUUAUCAGUUCUGGUGGACGAAUCACCGAUUCAUUCUGUUCACGCUUUUGAGACAUUGUUGAAUAUGGCUAAAAAGAAAAGCAGGAAUGAGGCGGUUCAGGCUGUAGAGAAUCUAGUAAACCUGAUGCUUGAAUCGGUGUUGCCUGAUCGAAAAUUAAA